GUGGGUGGGUGUGGGUGGGUGUGGGGGAAUGGGUGUGGGUGGGUGUGGGUGGGUGUGGGUGGGUGUGGGUGUGGGUGUGGGUAUGGCAUGUGUGGGUGUGGGUGUGGCAUGUGUGGGUGUGGGUGUGGGUAUGGAUGCACCAGUCCCAGUCCUGACUGGAACCCAGUCACGACUGGGUGCUCAGUCUUUUGAUUUUAGUCCAUUAGUAGAGAAGUAAUUUUUUCUUUUCUAGUAUAUUGUCAUACAGUGAUUCUUAGGCUCUCGGAGUACUUAUGUACGCUAUAACAUUGAAUCCAUCGACUAAUCAUAUAUUUCUACGUAUCAAUCCUUAUAAUUUAGAAUACUAUAACUAAAUUUCAUACGUCUUCAUUAAACUUUUCCGAGCUAUCUAUAUAGACAUAGUUUUUGUUUAUUGUUAUCUGUUGAAUUCUUUUCUUCGCCACAAAUAAUCCCUCUGGAUAAUGGAUUUCUAUAACAGCUUGUAUUAGAAAAAUGUUUCCUGUAAGAUCGAUACUGAAGUGAAAAAUAGAAAAAGCCGAAUUCAUUUUAUAAAAUAUCAAUAUGAAUAUGAUUGAGUCUUGUAUUAAAUGAAAGCUUGUCAUCGAUCAAAAUAGUACAAUACCAGAAAGUAUAGUCAUGAAUGUUCGGUUUAUUAUUUUGAGUUUCAAACUGUAUUUUCACUUUGCUAAUAGUUCCUAGAACAAUGCUUAGAACAUCUUCCUUAGAUUGGAGGUAAAUAGAUUUCGAAUCAAACGAAGCUCGUCAAGAUAUUCCCAUUUGAGGCUCAGAUGUGGAAUUCACAUAUCUUCUUUGAUUGCAGCGCAUCAAUAGAAAACAUUUCCAUAUCUUAAGAAGAAAUAUUCUUCUUUGAAAGAAGUGUCUUGUUUUGUACCUCUAUUAUUCUUAACUUUUUCUUACUUUUUCACUGUCCUUUUUUUUUAAUUUAAAACUUUCAUUAUUAUAAGAACUGAAUACAAUCAGAAAUAAUGCCGUUGUAAAUAAUUAUCAUAAAUCUGUAAUGAAAAGUACCUGUAAUGAUGAAUAUCUGGGUGCAAUGGGCUGUAAUGAAGUCGGAGAGACACUGUAAAAACCUCGUCUUAAAACUGACGCGCCCGUUUUCUUUGAAAAAUAUACAAGUUUCACAAACAUUUGUUUUAAAUUCAUUAUACAGAUCCAGGUUGUACCUAGUUCACAUUUUUUUUAUUUAUUACAAAAAAUAAGCUUAGAAGAUGAUUUUCAAAAAUAAUUAUUUGCUAUUACAAACAUCAGCUACAGAAUUUUUCAUUUUACUUUGUUAUAAAAUAUUUCCUUCGUAUGAAUAUAUAUAUAUAUAUGAAGAGCAAGCCUACUUAGUAUUGUCUUUGCAAUUUACAACAUAUGUAAUGAAAAUUUAAUUAUUUGGUAGCUUCAAAACGUUUGAAUAAUUUUCAAACGGAAUUUUAUGUUAUUUAAAUGCUUGACUGGACGUCAAGAGAGAGUAAGAGUGUGUGUGCGUGCAUGAGAGAGAGUGAGAGAGAGAGAAACGUCUGUCGACUUAGCGACGAAUGUAUCAUAUAUUUACAUAUAUAUACGUGUAUAUAUGGUCACGCACUAAUUAAUGAUUUCGGACGAGAGAAAAAAAACGUUAAAAAAUCAUUCGAAAAAAUAAUGAUAUAACGAUAACGGUUUCAUUCAAGAAACUAUAAAUACUUGUAUAAUAUCAAAAAUUAAAUAGUAUGCCGUUUACUUUGCAAUUUAAUGACCUUACAACUUGAUUUAUUUGAUGAAUUCAUCUUUUUUCAUAUUUCAGAUGCACAUUUAUUCCUCAUAAUAUGGUGAAAAGAUCAUCAAAUACAAAAGUUAAAUCUAAAACUACUAACAGUAGUACACAAGUAAUAAAUAAAUCAUUUGUUAAUAGCAAUGUCAUUAACAAUAUUGAUUCGUUAUCUCUAACAAAUGUUUCAUGCGAUACUUCAACUGAAACUAUAUCGAACAUACCCCAAAAUAAUAAUGAUGCGAUUCAAACAACAGACAAAGGUAAUGAACAUAAAUUAUCUGGUAUUAUUAAUUAGGAUGCAACUAUUACAGGUUCAGAUGCAGAUUUUGAUGGCAGCUAUUUUGAAUCAACAUCGAUUCCAACAACAACAACAAAACGCAAGCAUACACCUUCAAAAAGCUCGAAUACAAAGAAAAUUUUAAAGCAAUCCGUUAAUAAUGCAAUAACAUCACCAAUUACUAUUGAUCAUGAGACUAGUCAAGAGGAGAAAGAAGAAACUGUACUUCAAUCACCUAAGAUAUCAUCUGUAUGGAAAUAUGCCAAGAGAAGCAGGGACAAGAAGUAUGCUAUUUGUUUAUUAUGUGAUAAACAUAUUUCAACUGUUAAUUGGUCAACGACUUCCAUUCGUCGUCAUUUGAUCGAAGUUCACGACACACAGGAAUUGAUACUGUCAGAUGACAAUAAAAAAAAAACAUCAACAAUUAGUCAACGUCUCAAGGAAAAAUUUCAUAAACUAUCUGUCAAAGCUAUAAUCAAGGACAAUUUACCAUUCAAUGCAUUUAAUAACACUGGCUUGUCAAAACUAAUACAAGAGGCUAUUCCGGGUUAUCGUCCAAUACAUCGUAAUGCUGUUGCACGUAAAAUCAAAAGAUUGUAUUCUAAGCAUCGUAAUAAAUUGAUUGAACAAUUAAAGCUUAUUGAAACAUUAACAAUUACAUUGGAUUUUUGGUCCGAUAGAACCAAUCGUGGUUUUUUAGUGGUCACUGAAGGUUUAAAUAUCCUUCAUAAAAUUAAUCGAAUAGUUACAGAUGGUGCAUCAAAUCUAUCGAAAGCGGUGUCUCUAAUAAAAACCAAUGCACAACAUAUUUGGUGCAUAGGUCAUCGAUUGCAUUUAGCUGUAACAAAUGCUUUAGCAUUAUGGCCAAAGAAACAGAAACGAAAUAUUGAUGAAUCUAAUCAAGGUAAGAAAAUAAACUCGUAA